AUGCAGCUCAUCAUCCAGGAAAUUGUCCCAAAGGAUCGGGAUGUUUUUGUGGAUCUCGGCAGCGGAGUGGGUCAGCUAGUAAUUCAUAUGGCUGGUGGUUCGAAGGUGCGGAAAGCCAUCGGUGUUGAAAUUGCAUCGCUGCCGAAUCAUUAUGCGCAAAAUCUUUCGAUCGAGUGGAUGAAAUGGUAUGGCAAAAAGUUUCGGCCGUUUGAAUUGCACAAAGGGGAUUUUCUGGAUGAGAAAUUCCGUGAUCUUAUCACCAAAGAAGCAACAAUCAUUCUUAUAAAUAAUUAUGCGUUUACGGCUGAUUUAGAGACGCGCAUAAAACGGUAUGUUUCUUUUCUUGUGGGAGUUUGA